AGGAUGCAGGAUGUGUUUGAGGAUGUAGCGUCACAUCACUACACUGCUUGAGUUAGCUUGUUAGCAUUGUAUAUAACAAAAACGAGCGUAAGAAAGAAUAAUAAUAAUAAACAUUAUUAACAGAUUGGCUGUUGGGAAGUAACAGUGUACAGGGGAUCAUGGCGACGGGAGCUGAUGUGAGAGACAUCCUGGAGCUGGCAGGAGGAGAGACAGAUACAGGACCAAUCAGCAAGAAGGACAUCAUCAAUUCUGACAAGAAAAAGGUGAAGAAGAGCACGGAGACUCUGACGUUUAAGAGGCCGGAGGGAAUGCACAGAGAGGUCUACGCUCUGCUCUACUCCGAUAAAAAGGACGCUCCCCCUCUGUUACCCAGCGACACCACUCAGGGCUACCGCACGGUGAAGGCCAAGCUGGGCUGUAAGAAGGUUCGUCCGUGGAAGUGGAUGCCCUUCACCAACCCGGCUCGGAAAGACGGAGCCAUCUUCCACCACUGGAGACGAGCGGUGGAGGAGGGCAAGGACUACCCCUUCGCCCGCUUUAAUAAGACGGUGCAGGUCCCUGUGUACUCGGAGCAGGAGUACCAGAUGUACCUGCACGACGACGGCUGGACGAAGGCGGAGACGGAUCACCUGUUCGAUCUGUGUAAACGCUUCGACCUGCGCUUCAUCGUCAUCCACGACCGCUACGACCACCAGCAGUACAGAAAACGUUCUGUGGAGGAUCUGAAAGAACGUUAUUACAACAUCUGUGGGAAGCUGACGAAGGCCCGAGCUCCGACUGGCACCGAACCUAAAGUCUACAUCUUCGACGCAGGACACGAGAGACGCAGGAAAGACCAGCUGGAGAGACUGUUCAACCGCACACCUGAACAGGUGGCAGAGGAAGAGUACCUGAUCCAGGAGCUGAGGAAGAUCGAGACGCGGAAGAAGGAGAGGGAGAAGAAAACGCAGGACUUGCAGAAGCUGAUCACAGCGGCCGACAGCACCACGGAGAUGCGCCGGGGCGACCGCAAGGCCACGAAGAAGAAACCGCCGCAGAAACGAGAGGCGGAGAAACCGGCUGUUCCUGAAACAGCAGGAAUCAAAUUCCCCGACUUCAAAUCAGCUGGAGUGUCGCUGCGAAGCCAGAGGAUGAAGUUACCGAGCUCCGUAGGACAGAAGAAGAUCAAAGCCAUUGAGCAAAUCCUCACCGAGCAGGGAGUGGACCUGAACCCCAUGCCCACCGAGGAGAUCGUGGCAAUGUUUAACGAGCUGCGCAGUGACCUGGUCCUGGUGUACGAGCUGAAGCAGGCGCACAGUAACUGUGAGUACGAGCAGCAGAUGCUGAAGCACCGCUACGAUGCGCUGCUGAAAGCAGGGGGCGCCAGUACGCCCCACAGCGACGGCACGGCCGGGCCCGACUCUCAGAACUGGGCUGGAGUGGACGACAUCAAAACCGAACCCAAAGAACAGAUCAUCGACGUCGUCGGAGCACCGCUCACACCCAACUCGCGUAAACGCCGAGAGUCGGCCUCCAGCUCCUCCUCCGUGAAGAAGAUGAAGAAACCGUGACGCGGCUCACUUUCUCACCUCUGACACACAGACUUGGAGAACGUCCUCAAGCGUUCAUGGCGAUGAGAUGAUGAGACGGGAGGCAUAGGGCAUCCAUCAGACCUCCAGCUUUCUUUUAUUAGUUUGUUUUAUAUCUGAACUGUUCUCUGUGUGAGCACCUCCGCCACCGCUCAUCGUCCUGAUGUUCACCGUGUUCCUCUGGGAGACCGCAGGUAAACCGAGACUCGCUUUAGAAACUAACUGAGACGUAAUCGCUGAAGAAUGGAAGGAAGAAGCAGGAUCAGAAGUUCUUUUAAUAAUAAUGAUGAUAAUACUCCCAUCUGCGUUUGGGUAUUAUACUGUACAGUAACUGGUGACGCAACUUCCUGUGAUUUCCUGGUCUUUUCUAACACUUGUACUCCUCUGACUCUCUUGUUUCGGAUGUCGCUCCGUCUCCUGAAUCACACGGGAUAAACAAAAUGGCUGCUCAAGUUUCUCUACGAGUUGCCGAGCAGCUCCGAUCAACUGGCUUAAUAAUUGCGCCUUUUUUUCCUGUUUUUGUGUCUAAUUGUGUUUGGUGUGUUUGUUUGUUUUAAAGUACUGUGCAAUUUUCACUUUUGUCGCAAACGAGCAUUCACAUGCUCACAUGUUUUACCAGAGUUAAUUUGGUGUUUGUCAUCAGAUAACUGUUUAAUAAAGUGUAAAAAAAAAAAAAAAAAAAAAGACACUUUAUGAGGGGCGUGGCCUUUUCACCAAUCAGCUCUCAAUCAUUACCUGGCUGUGAUUCUCAUUUAAAUGUGUUAUUCGUGACGGCAAACUUACGAAAAAUUUAGCAGCUGCAAUUUAUCGGACCAAACUUGAACCAUUCUCCUUAUUAUGUGUAAUAAUCAGCGUAACUACAGUGUAACGAGUGGUUAUAAUUUACUGGUGCGUAAAUAUCUGAUCAUGAAGACAUUUUGAACACACUCCUGCCAGGAAACAGUGUUGCGUGAUGAGCGUUGAUUGAUACUUUUCUCUUACGUGUACGAAAAAAGGGAAAGUAAGAAAUAAUGUACAAAAUUGUCUGGUUUUACAAUUUUAAAGAUUCAGCAAAUCACAUUCACGUUUCUGAGACAUCAGAUAUGUAUUUUAAUAGCCUGUAAUAUUUAAUAUAAUAACAAUAUAAAUAUUUCUGGUCGUAUUGCCCCGCCCUGCACUGUACUGCUCCGUGGUUUCCCUUUAUGUAACCAUGGAUUUGAUUGAGAACGCAAUCAUUAAAGUUGCGAUCUUGAUUUGUUUUCGUAGCGUUUGCGCUUAGACAUCCGUUACGUAAAACUACAGAGUGAUAUUUUCACUGUGUUUACUGUAAACUACAAUAAGAGAUGUAGAAUCGCAUGAUCUCACAUGCACCUGAGUCUCCGGGGAGGGGGAGGACAGGAACAACGUGUGAGCGCAUUUUAUUGUGACCCUGACGAGGUGCUUCAUAACGUGAUGAGCUGCAGGUUUUGCCUUUUUUAACUUGAAUGGG